AUGAGUUGGCUUCUUUGGAGUUCAUCUCGCAAUUUGACAGGUUCUUACCCUGGUGGACAGAAAUUAUUUCGAUGCACAUUCUCUAAAGAUGAGAUCGACAUGGACUCUCCCCACAGCAAGUGGCAAACUUCUGGCAACGUUUCUUGGACUAUGGGGGUCAUUAAUACAAAAAAUGUGGAGAAUUCGAAGAAAGAGGAGUUGAAAGUUUAUGUAAAGUGUCAUUUGGAGGAUCGUAUGGAAUCAAGUGUUGACGAGAAUUGGCGUAUUGAUGCAGAUCACAUCGUCCGCCUUUUCAAUCACAACAAAUCAAACAAACACGUAUGCACACGUGGAUCAACUACUUUCACUAAAGCAAAAGAUAGCUGUGUAUCUAGUUUGAUCAACCUAUCUGAUAUCACUGAUGAUUUUCUUCUGAACGACGAACUCACUUUCGAGGUGGAAAUCGGAGUGAAAAAUUCUGAAGGGCUUCCAAAGAUUGUUGAUCUUUCGGUUAAACGUCCAGACUCAAAUGUUGUUUUGACUGUUGGAAAGGAGAAAUUUUAUGUUGACAAGGAGAUUCUCUCGAAAAAGUCAACUAUUUUUGAAGAGUUGUUAAAAAAAGAAGGAGUGGGAAAGGGGAGUAACGAAUAUGCAAUUGAAGAUGUGAAUCCGACCAUUUUCCACGUUUUUAUUAAAACUGUCAGUGAUAUUCCAGUUCAGUUCGGAUUGGAUGAGAUCGAAGAACUUUUGAAAAUGUCAGAAAAAUUCAAAAUUAAUGAAGUCCAGGAACAGUGCAAGGAAUUUUUGAUCAAUUCAGUUGUCGAUGAUGCUCUUGCUCUGAAAAUCGCCGAUAAACACGGAAUGCAGGAUGUGAUUGUUGAGAAACUGAAACCUCUGAAUUCCAUUUCUGAUCUCAGACAAGCAUUCAGAUAUUACAGAAAAUUUUCUGAUGAGUCCAUGAGACUUUUGCUCAAAAAGCUCAUCGAAGUGGCCUAG